UCGGGAGGCGAUCGGGGACAGGGGAGGCCGUAGAACUCUAGGAUCUCCCCCGUUCCAUCUGGGCUCCCGGGGAGCUCGCGCCCUCUCACAGCAGCGGCGCCUCCUCCUCCCUUCCCCCCCCCCUCCAUCCCACCCCCACCCCGUUUCUUUCUCUCUCUCUUUUUUUUUUUUUUUUUUGCAAAGGCGCUGGGCGGCGCCACCCUCCGGCCAGAGCGCCGCACUACACAACCCCCUCCGACUUUCAAUGUUCCACACUCCCCGGCCAGAGCCUCCUCUGCUUCUUUUUUUUCCUGCCCCCCCUUCCCCUCCCGGCUGCUUCCAUUUCCUUAAGGAAGGGUUUUUUUUUUUUUUUUCUCUCUCCCUCCCCCACAUCUUAGCUGCGUGUAAGCGGGACAGGACGGCGGUAAAGUUUUCAGAGAAAUAAUUUGACCAAGAUGUCCAGUGAUAGGCAAAGGUCAGAUGAUGAAAGUCCAAGUACCAGCAGUGGUAGUUCAGAUGCAGAUCAGAGGGACCCAGCAGCACCAGAACCUGAGGAACAAGAAGAAAGAAAACCGUCUGCCACACAACAGAAGAAAAACACCAAACUCUCUAGCAAAACCACUGCUAAGUUAUCCACUAGUGCUAAAAGAAUUCAGAAAGAGCUAGCUGAAAUAACCCUUGAUCCACCUCCGAACUGCAGUGCUGGGCCUAAAGGUGAUAACAUUUAUGAAUGGAGAUCAACUAUACUUGGACCACCAGGUUCUGUAUAUGAAGGUGGUGUGUUUUUCCUGGAUAUCACAUUUUCAUCAGAUUAUCCAUUUAAACCACCAAAGGUUACUUUCCGUACCAGAAUUUAUCACUGCAACAUCAACAGUCAGGGAGUCAUCUGUCUGGAUAUCCUUAAAGACAACUGGAGCCCUGCUCUGACUAUUUCAAAGGUUUUGCUGUCUAUUUGUUCCCUCUUGACAGAUUGCAACCCUGCUGAUCCUCUGGUUGGAAGCAUAGCCACUCAGUAUUUGACCAACAGAGCAGAACAUGACAGGAUAGCCAGACAGUGGACCAAGAGAUAUGCAACAUAAAUGGCAUCUUUUUUUUGGCACAGUGUGAAGAAGCAGGAGGCCUCUUUACACUGUGCAGCAAAUCUUUAUAGCCUUUACAAUACGGACUUCUGUGUAUAUGUUAUACUGAUUCUACUCUCUGCUUUUAUCCUUUGAAGACUGGGAGACUGCCCAAAAAGGUAAAUGCUAUCACGAGUAGAACUUUGUAGCUGUAGAUUAGUUAUGUUUAAAAUGCCUACUUGCAAGUCUUGCUUCUUUGGGAUAUCAAAAUGUAUUUUGUGAUGUACUAAGGAUACUGUUCCUGAAGUCUACCAAAUAUUAUAGUGCAUUUUAGCCUAAUUCAUAAUCUGUAUGAAGUUAUUAAAGUAGCUUGUAGAUGACUAGAAAUUAUGUCAUUUGUAUUAAACCCAGAUCUAUUUCCAAUUAUGUGGUACAUGCUGUUGUGGAAAAUGUUUUACCUUUUACCUUUGUCAGUUUGUAAUGAAAGGAUUUCCUUUUACCCUUUGUAGCUCAGAGAGCGAGCACCUAAUGUAUCAUCUCGAACACAAUAAACAUGUUCCCGGAGGUGUA